UCAACCUAACAUUCAGAAUUAAUGUCGAAAACAGCAUGGCUGCAAAUCUCCUCAGCGAAGAAUCGUCGGUACAUAUUUUUAUAUACCGUGCAGUGUAUUGAAGAAACAUUGGCAUUCCUGGAUUUGUAAGAGAGAAAGAAAAUUUCAGGAAGUUUACAUACACACCGAUUUUGGUAAACUUAUUGACUUACCGUAUACCAACACAUACAACCAGUCAUGUUAAUUUCAGCAAACAUGUGCGUAGUGAGCAUUCCACCGCACAUUCCAUUCGUGGAAGUAUUUCAAUAUGUGGUUUACAUACCGACAUUCAUUCUGGGGCUGGUUAUUAAUUUGGCUGCACUGUGGAUAUUCUGCACCAAGAUAAAGACGCUGAUUGAAUCUACGAUCUACAUGAUAAACCUGAUUUUUUCCGAUAUAUUUCUGCUUUUCUCUCUGCCUUUCAAAAUCCAUGCCUUUCAAGUGGGUUGGAAGUGGCACCUGGGACCAAUAUUCUGUAAGUUUGUGGAGUCUCUGUAUUUUGUGAACACCUAUGGGACGAUCCUGUUAACAACGCUGAUCUCACUGGAUCGCUACAUCGCUAUCAAACACCCCUUUCUGGCACAAACCCUCAGAUCACCAAAGAAAGCCAUCAUUGUCUGCAGUGUGAUGUGGACUUGUAUCUGGUCUGCAAGUAUUCCGAAUUACAUCGAAUCUGAUGGAAAUCAGACAAGCGAAAUUUGCUUUGUAAACUUUGAUGAAUUUUGGAAAAGGGGUACCAUUCCUGUGAGUAUGGAAAUUAUCUUUUUAAUUUCUGCAGUUACUGUGUCUUUCUGCAGUAUCCAGAUCAUCAGAACAUUACGAAGAGUGGAUGAAGAGAGAGAUGAUGUGAACAUGAGGACAUCUUUGAAUAUUGUCUCUUCAAAUCUGGUUACCUUCCUUUUCUGCUUUACACCUUAUCACAUAGCCAUGCUGUUGUACUUCUUAGCAAGGCGGUGCUAUAUAUUUGAAUAUUUGGUACCUCUGCGAGUCUUUCUCCAAAUAACCCAAUGCCUUGCGAACAUUAAUUGCUGCCUGGAUGGAAUGUACUACUAUCUGAUCAUUAAGAAUUACUGGAAAUCAGGGAUCAAGAGCAUAGGGAAUACCAGUUGAACUCAUACAAGUUGACAAGGACAGCUGGUGUGUAAUGUAGACCAAUAGCAAACAGUGUGGGUUCAAAUGAAUGCACCAACUGAGGUUACCAUGAAGGGUCUGCUUUAUCAUCCUCGUCCCUCACCUGAGGCAUGAUAACCUUCAAGUUAAGCUUGCACUCGACAUCUCUCCCUAGUGAGAGGGCAGCCCUAUUGUCUUUACCUUUCCCUGCUCCUGUAUUUUAAGACCCAUUACAUGUCUAACCUUUCUCUUCUCAUUUUAAAACAUUUUCCCCAUCCACAGAGGCAGUCUGAUCUAUAGUUUAUUUCCAACAUUUACUGCUCAUGCCUCAGAUUUCCAAAUUUUGUGAUAUAUUGCUUUUGUACUUGUGCUAACUGAGGCCAGCGAAUAUUGAAGUACGAUGCUACUUAUAAACAAAAUGCAUGUUGUCAAUUCAGUUUUGUCAAACUUUACUGCUAAUGAUACUAUUUCUAUAAAGCUGAUAUGAUCAAAUAAAAUUAUCUUAGUCACACUUUGACAAUCCCGAGUCUUUGUUAUCCCUUGUAUUUG